AUGGAGAGUAUCCUUAUUAUCGGAGCUACUGGCAAUAUCGGUGUCGCUGCCGUGCUAGGAGCCCUGCAAUUUAAACGCAAUGUUCUUGCGGUGGUGCGGAGUCAGGCCUCUGCCGAUAAGUUGUUCCAGAACAUAGGAACAAAAACAGGCAUCACAAUAGUGGAGGCCGACAUCAUGUCAGAGGGAGGAGUACAAACCGUGAUGGAUCAGGUCCGGGCUGGGAAGCUGUCAGCUUUCCAACAUGUCUGCUCUGCUGCUGGCGGAGCAUACGGCGCAACGCCAUUGACCGACAUUAGCACCAGCGAAUUGCGUCGAUUCAUGAACUUCAACUUUGAAUCCAACUUUUUCGCUUACAGAGCAACCAUCCCAUACCUGCUGAAGCAGAAGCAAGUGACUAGCUUCACACUCUGUACCGGAUCACAGGGCGACAUCGGGGCUCGCGCAGCACCCGCCAUCACGCAAGGUCCUCUCUUCUCGAUGGCGAACGUAGCGUACCGUGACAACACUGAUACAAAUGUCCGUUUCAACGAAGUGUACUUGGGCUGUCGGGUUGAGGUUGAUUCAUCGGAUGCCAAAACAGGAGCGAUGAAGGCAUCGGAUUUCACUCGCGUUUAUACCGAGCUACUCUCCAGACCAGAUAUCAAGAGUUCUCGCGUAAGUGUAUUCACACAUGAUGAUCUGGAGGACUUGAAACACAAGAAGAUAUUCUUUAAUGUAGUACAAAUUUAA